GAGUGCGCGGCGGCGUGUGUGUGAGCGUGCAGCAGUCUAUUCUCUAAAUAACCUGUUGAGCCAGUCAAGCUAAGGCACCCGUGGGGCUCUCUGGCCGGCUCACUCAGGCCACUCUGCCUUUUUUGGGGACGGAUUUCACCUCAUCACGACUCACGAUCCAAAGAAAAUCCCGCAGGAAGCAGCACGACAACACAGCAAAGAGCAUGGAUUCAAAGUCUGCGUGAGUUUGAAGGCGAAAACCAUGUCAGCAUUCAUUUGCAUGUGGGCCUGCUUCCUGCUGCGGAUCAGCGUAGCCGCUGCACAGGACAAGACGCCAGAUGCCUCCGUCACAUGUUUGGUGUCGGAGGAGUGCCACCUCCCGUGCACGUUCCCUCCGGCCCCCAACCAGAGCGUGCGCUGGUUCCGGCAGGACGUGCUGAUGUUCAGCUUCGCCGAGACGCACGGCGAGAGCAAGACGCUGGUCGGGCGGGCCGCCGUGUACCCGCCGAUGAUCGCGGGCGGCAACGCCACCCUUGUCCUCAGAGAGGUGGGCCUCAAGGACCGUGGCACGUACCGGUGUCGAGUGCACACGUCCCAGGGAGAACACAACGCCAAGGUCGUCUUGAAAGUGGAGGCGCCCGUCCAAGGCCUGUCCCUGGAGUUGUCACGGCUGAGCGGUUAUGAGGAGAUGAAGUGCACCGUUCGCGACGUCUUCCCGCCGCCUCGAGUCACCUGGGCCACGGAGCCGCCCACCUUCGAGGACCUGCGCCCAAUCACGCGCAUGCUGGCUGACAAACGGGGUCUGUACACGGCCGACAGUAGGCUGAAGGUUCUGAAAGGCCAGCCGGACCUCAUCUACAUAUGCAAAGUCACCACCUCCUACGGGGGUCCCACGUGGACGUCCUCGCUGCGGGAGAGAGCAAUAACAGGAAGUGAGGGUCGAGAUUUGACCAUCCCCUGCUUCGCGCCGCCGUACCUGAAUAGCCCCACCCUCCACUGGAGCUUCUCCAACGGGGAGGACCCGGCGCACAUCCUGACCUACGACAGUCGCUCGGGGCACAGCCACUCGGCGCCCGCCUGGGAACGCCACGCGGAGCUAGACGGUUUCAGGGUCCCGUUUGGGGACGGCUCGCUGCGCCUGAUGGACCCCGAGCACGCCCAUCACGAGGGCACCUACAGCUGCGUCUUCUCCAUGCCGUACAACACGCACACGGAGCGAACGGACGUCGCCAUCAACACACCUACUGCCAAUCGUAGCACCUCGGGGCAGACGUCCUACUGGUGGAUCAUAGGCCUGGUGGUAGCCGUGAUGGUCCUGGGACUAGCGGCCAUGUUGGUCUACCUCAAGCUGCGAGGAAACACAGCGAAACCCUCAUCACGUGAUCCCGAAGAGGAGACCGAGCUGAAUUCGGUCAAAGAUGUGGAGGGCGAGAGUGAAACCAGCAAGCGUUUUGCAGCCGGAGGCAACAACGGACAGUCGGGUCUCUCCUGACCCCAAACAACAACACUUCACACACCAUCACACCAUCUUUUUAUUACAAACAUUUUGUACAAAGUCAUGUAUCGUACAAUACUGAGACUACUCACAAAAAGUUUGAAUAUUGGGCUUUCGGUUGGAAUUUCAGGAUGAACCUAAAAUGCACUAUAACCUUUGCAGGUGAAUUUUAUUUGACCUUGUGUAAACUCAAUGUCUCAGGACUUUCCGCACAACUCGCUGUUAACUCACUUCUGUGCCUUUCUGUGACUCUUCCAGUCCCUGUGUAUCUGUGGUAACCCGCUGAUGACAUUUUUGUGACACUCUUACCAGAUUUCAAACAGUUGCCUGAGUGUCAUCAGCAGAUUGCAACAGAGAUCCAGAGACACCGGAGGAGUGACAGAAAGGCACCGACGUCAAUGUCAUGAGACUUUUUCUUGGAUCAAACAGCCAUUCUGAACUUUGGCCAUUGGGCUCCCUCGAGAGAGACAAUUCACUCCAGAUGUGCUUUUGCGAAAAGGAGGCCAAAGUGGAAUGCAGGCCGGGUGGAUGCCUAAGAAGGCUUGUCGGAAUGUUUUCUUAUCGUUCCGCCUGUAUUGACUCAACAUCACGCAGUCCCGAAGCGUAAUCCUGUUCCGCCCGUCGACAUGGACAGCGUCAACAACAACAUUCUCUUGAACCCCGGACAGUUGACAUUUUGUCCCGUCAGUGAGGGAACCAUGAAUGCCAACAUCUCCCUUCGGAAGGUGGGCCACAAGGCAGUAUUAUUUCAACACGAUAAAAACUACAAAGACAACUCCAGGACAACCACUGACUUCCUCAAGAAGCUGAGGGGAAACAGUGAUGGUCUGACCCAGCAUGUCUCCAGACCUAAACCCUAUCGUGCAUCUGUGAGGCAUCCUCAAACAGAUGGUGGAGGAGCAUAAAAUGUUGUGGGCAAACAAAAUACCGACACUUUGUGCACAACUUGGACAGUUUCACCUCGGGGUCUACUCACUUUUGUUGCCACAGGUUUCGAAAUUAAUGGCUGUGUGUUGAGCUAUUUUGAGGGGACAGUAAAUCUGACACUGUUAGACAAGGUGUAAACUUAACACUGGAGCAAAAUGUCAUUUCUUCGGCGUUGUCCCAUCAAAAGAUAUGGAAAGUAUUUACAAAAAUGUGAGGGGUGUACUCAAUUUUGUGAAAUAUGCAUGUAUAUAGAAUGAAAAAGACGUUUUGUAUCAAUCAAAUGGCCAUUGUGUUCUCUUUCUGGUGUACCUGUCUAGGCCACUUGGAAGCAACAUAAGCCAGACAGACAGAUAUACGGCUAAUUGACAUGUAUCAACUCCUCCCACCUCAUUAGUGCGGCACUAAUAUUAGUCGUUCUUCACAGAGGAUAAAGACUAUAUGACUGUC